GAGAGAGAGACCUCCUCGUCUAGUUCACUUUCUCUUCCUGCUUACAACUUUGUUGCACAUGACACUUUAUCAGGAAACCACAAUGUCCGCGUUUACCUGAAAAAUGCCCGGAUUCUGCCCUCAACAGGCGUAUAACAGUAAACAUCGCAUAAUUCUGCUUUCCAUGGUGCUUUGACGUCGAAAAAUGAGAUUCCGGUUGUUGAAGAAGAACUUUAUUGUGUUCCUCGUUAUUUUGAUCGUCUUCAUAAUGUUGUUUUACACCGUACGACGGACUAAAGAUGACUCAAACAUGGAGGAUACUGAUAAAGAAAGCACACACACUGCUGUGAUGGUUAAAUUUGACUAUGGAACCAUCCAGAAUAUGAGAAAAUCCAUCUAUGACAGCAACUACAGACAGUUUAUCCAAAAUGGAGAUCAAUUUCCCUCAGAUCCAGAGGUGGUGAUUGUGGUGCAAGUCCACAACCGGCCGGCGUAUCUCAAAAUGCUCAUACAGUCCUUAGAAAAAGUCACUGGAAUACAAAACGCACUUGUAAUAUUCAGUCAUGACUAUUUCUCUGAGGAAAUUUCUGGUAUGGUCAAGGAAAUUGCGUUUUGUAGAGUUCUGCAAAUUUUCUUUCCCUACAGCAUUCAACUUUAUCCGAACGAAUUCCCAGGACAAGAUCCUCAAGAUUGUCCGAGGGACAUAUCCAAGGAUGACGCCAUCAAAAAGGGUUGUUUGAACGCAAAACAUCCUGAUUCCUACGGACACUACAGGGAAGCGUCAAUAACGCAAACGAAACACCAUUGGUGGUGGAAGCUGCAUUUCGUAUUUGAGCGAGUGCGAAUUCUUCGAGGAUACAACGGAUAUGUCAUAUUCAUAGAAGAAGACAACUAUCUUCUUCCUGAUUUCCACGAAUACUUAAAAUCAAUGUCUGAGCUCAGGAAAACCAGUUGUGGCGAUUGCGAUGUUCUCGCAUUAGGCAACCAUAACAGUUUAUCAGGCUUUCACGAACUUUCUAGCAAAACCGAGACGUCAGGAUGGCUGUCUACCAAACAUAACAUAGGAAUGGGAAUCACCAGAGAGCUCUACUACAAACUAAUGGGAUGCAACAACGCUUUCUGCACAUAUGACGAUUAUAAUUGGGACUGGACCCUGCAGAACUUGUCUGGCACGUGCAUUUCGAAGCCUAUCAAGGUUUUGGUGGCACUCGGAAGUCGAGUUAUUCAUACUGGAGAUUGUGGCCUUCAUCAGAAAGCAGACUGUAGGCCGGAAAUGGCUCAGGAGAAGGUGGAUUCAGCUCUCAAGGAUGUCAAAUCUGUGCUUUUCCCGCCAAUUUUAACAUUGACGGAUCAUGGGCCAGUUGAACAUCAGCCUCACAUGAAGAAUGGAGGUUGGGGAGAUAUUCGAGAUCAUACGCUGUGCGUCAACUACGCAGCUCGACUCUGAACUUUAUAAAUGAGUGCCAUUCAAAAUAUCAGGUUUACACGUUUCAGGAUGAAUAUUUUGCUAAUACCAAAACUGGGAAGAACUAUAAUGGUGUGUUCAUGCGAAUCUCACGAAAAAAAAAAUGGGUCGAUAUUUCACCUCAUAAUCAAAAUACACUAAAAAUGAUUGGGUUUUUGUGACCCACAUUAUAAAAAAAUGUUGGGUUUCACACAAGUCUUUUAUGUUGUCACAGCACAAAUUGUUAAUUUAUUUUUGCUAAUUUAAGUGGAUUAAACACAAAACAAUUAAAUUGCCCUUCAAAAAAAAAAACGUAAAAAUUGUUUUGUUUUCAUUGCAAGAUUGGGUCAAAUAUGGACAAACCCAAGCAUUUUUUAAGAGUCAUUUUAGUUUAAUUGAAAAAAAUUACCCAGCAUUGGGUUUUCUGUAUUUGACCCAAUGUUUUGACGCAUCAUUUUUUAGAGUGCAGUGUAAUAUGCAAUUUCAUUUUUAUUUUAAUUUUUAUAUUUACAUUACCACACGUGGUGUUGGAUUUAAACUUUAAAAAAUUAUGGUUUAUUUUAACCCAAUGCCGGGUCAAAUAUUGAGCAACUUUGGUUGGGUUGAAAAACUUUAUUUAAAUUUACUUUAAAAAAAAAAGUUACUCACUUAAAAGGUUAAUAAUAAUCCAACAGGUAACCCAACGGUGGGAUAGUUCGGCACCAACGUGCUGUUGGGUUAUUUUAACCCAAUCCAUUGGCCCGUUAAAGUUAACCCAACAAAUAAAAAUUACAUUCCAGCUAGGUGAUUUGUUAUGGAGGCGAUUCAAUAAACAUUCAGAUUGACCCAACAUAGCAACCCAAUAUUUUUAGCCCUUCUAUUGGGUAAAAUUAUUAAUCCAACAUUUUUUGAGUGUACCAAACAUUGGGUUUGUCAAUUUUUGACCCAAUGUUUGGUUAAAAUAACCCAGGUUUUUUUUUCAAUAAGAAACUAAAUUUCAUAAAUUGAUAAAUUACUGUCAAUUUACACAACUAAUUUAAAGUGAACAUUGUAUUUCUUUGUAAAAUAAAGUAAAACUAAUUGUAUUUUAUAAGAAAUCUAUCUUAGUUUUUUGGAAUAAAUGUUUUUGCUGUACAUUUUGCAAUAUUUACAAUAAUAUUGGGAAAAAUGCAAUAUAAUAUUGACCCACAUUGAAAUUCAAAUUAAAUUUUUCUAAUACAUACAAACGAAUGACAUUAACAAAUCGAGUAAACAUAAAAAAAUAAAAGCAAAAAGAGCUUUGAACAUGUUUUUCAAUCAUUUACUAUAAGAGGGUUACUGUAUAAUGAGUGUUUUACUCUGAUUGUAAAAAGAAAAGAAAUUGUAACACUGAAUUAAAGGUGAAGUAAAAAAAAAAGUUAUAAUAGUAAUAAUGUUUACUAGAAGCCAUCUAAAUGCAACGAUCUAUGAAAGCCUAAUUACUCAAUAUAUAUUUUUCAAUGUGAUAAUGAGAAUUUGAAAGGAAGUGAGCUUGAUUUGUGUUCACUCUAAAAGCAUAUCUGCUAAAUCUGGUUUAAUUUGAGUUAUGGGUGUGUCAUCAUAACAAUAAAACGCAUCACAUGGUUGAUUUUGUGGUGAAAUGUGA